CUCUAGGUGAACUAACACGCGGUGUGCGAAGGCACGAAUAAAAAUAUCGAAAAAUGGGUCGUAUGCACGCUCCCGGAAAGGGUAUUUCCAAAUCCGCUCUACCGUACCGUCGUUCCGUGCCGUCGUGGCUGAAAUUGAACGCCGAUGAUGUGAAGGAGCAGAUCAAAAAGCUCGGCAAAAAGGGCAUGACUCCGUCGCAGAUCGGCAUCAUCCUGCGAGAUUCCCACGGUGUUGCCCAAGUGCGCUUCGUGAAUGGCAACAAGGUGUUGCGUAUCAUGAAAGCCGUGGGUCUGAAGCCCGACAUUCCGGAGGAUCUGUACUUCCUGAUCAAGAAGGCCGUCUCGAUCCGCAAGCACUUGGAGCGCAACCGUAAGGACAUCGACAGCAAGUUCCGCCUGAUUCUGAUCGAGUCCCGCAUCCACCGCUUGGCCCGGUACUACAAGAUUAAGGCAGUUCUGCCGCCAAACUGGAAGUACGAAUCGAGCACUGCUUCCGCUCUGGUCGCCUAAACAGCGAAGAGUUGAUGUACAGAGGGGAUGUGCGACCUGGUGAACGUAUUUUGGUCGUCUAAAACGUUCAACUUCAAACGUGGAAUGUUGGAAAGUUAAUAAUACACAGCAGGCUGGCGUCUGGAUGAGGUCAGUUUCUCUA